AAAAAACACAUCAGCCAGGUUUUCCAGGUAGGGUAGAUAUCCUGGAAUAUCAAUUAUUCAAUUGGAUCUGCUAAUGAAUUGGAUUUUUUAAUAAGGAAACUCUCACUUAAAAAAAGAUUUUGCACUUUUAUCGAUAAAUCUCUAGAAGUUUAAUACCACACUAUAAGUCGUAAUCAAUCUCGACAGUUAAUUUAUGCCUAAGAUGCAUUGCUGCCUGAGGUAGAACGAUAUUGUUCUUUGGCUACGGAGAUAAGGUGACAUUCAAACUUACAUCAAGUCCGUUAUUAACUAAGUUCGAGAAGGAGGAGGUUUAGUUUCUUCUUGAGCUUCUGGAAUUUGAACAAAGGAAACAGUUUAGGUAGAAUGAACUUUCCGUCAUGGCUCUGUUCAAUUUUCGUCUGGACUUUUAUCUUUGAAGUGGAAUUGAGUACAGAAUCAGUAUUGGCUGAUGUAAUGGCACAUCCAAAUUGGAAACUUCUUGAUCGUGAGACUUGUGGCACAUCGAAUUCAGAUCGUAUAAUUGGAGGAAAAAAUGCAUCUUUAGGAGCUUAUCCAUGGAUCGCACAAAUUGGAUACAUCACCGAUUCAAAUCCAAAACUUAUUUAUAGAUGCGGUGCUACUUUGAUUAGUAAAUUUUAUGUGAUUACUGCCGCACACUGUGUUGCAGAAUUACCUGCAACGCUCACAGUAGUUCGUGUUCGGCUAGGAGAGCACAACUCAGAUACAAAUCCUGAUUGUGAAAAUGGAUACUGCGCUGAACCUGUUCAAGAUUUUAAGCCAGAAAAUAUCAUCGCACACAAGGAUUACAACAAAACACCCUUUAAGGAUGAUAUAGCAAUUAUCAGAUUAAAUGAACCUGUUGUCUUCAAUGGUAAGCGGAAAUAAUUACAUUGUAUGAAUGUAUAAAAU